CCUGCCGCCGCCAUUACCUCCCAGGAGACCGCUCCAGUGACCACACAGCCUGAAAAGCCGUCCCAGGUGGAAGUGCAGCUACCUCCCGAGCCGCCUGGUUUGUGUGAUGAGGUUCUACAGCAGAAAGUGGACUCCAUUAUUCAACGCAUGCGCCUCGACGUGUCCUAUGAUCCGAAUAUGAAGAUUCAGGAUAACAAACACUUCCGUAAUCCGAGCAUGUAUGAGAAACUCAUCUCCUUUUUGAAGAUUGACGAGAAGGGCACAAACUUUCCACCCGAAAUCUACAACCCCUAUAGAUGGAAUUCUCUCUCUUUCUACGACGAGCUAGCAAAAAUACAGAAUAGGGAGGUGGAACGUCUAGAAAAACUACGCAAAGAGCAGAGGAAGAAUGAUGCUGCCGGACUCCCAGCUACCACAGCUGCCUCCGCGCUUUCUUCUCAGCCGUUACCGCGUGCCGCCAGCGGUCCCAAUCUGUCUGGAUCUUUGCCCUUGGUAAAUUCGACGGAUGGUAUCAUUGACAGUUCCGUUGCCAGCGGGUUUGCCGAACCCAGAAAACGCAGCAAAUGGGACACGGCGCCGCCAGUAGACGCCCAACCGCCAUCCACAGUUGCAGAGCCCACCACCCUUCAUCGCGUUGCGUCAGAUGCUUCAAAAAUAUGCAUUCCCGCGGUCGGCAGCCUGGUGCGGAAGAAAUGA